UUCACCCUGAGACCACCUCAUUAGUCACCCCGUCGAGUUGGGUUACGAUGCUUACCUUCACGGAGCUGGCGAGGCCGACGGGCGGCGGCGGCGGUGAAGGCGACGGCGACGGCGCCGGCGGGUCCGUGGACUCGCAGCUGUGGGCGGCGUGCGCGGGGAGCAUGUCCUCGGUGCCGCCCGUUGGCGCCGCGGUGUACUACUUCCCGCAGGGCCACGCGGAGCAGGCGAGCGAGGCCGUGGACUUGUCGUCCGCGCGCGUCCCGCCGCUCGUGCCGUGCCGGGUGGUUGCCGUGCGGUUCAUGGCCGACGAGGAGACCGACGAGGUCUUCGCCAGGAUACGCCUCGUCCCGCUCCGCCCCGGCGACGCGGUUGUGGACGUGGGCGAGGCGGCGGCGGCCGGGGAGGGCGGGCGGCAGCAGGAGGAGGAUAGGCCGAAGCCGGCGUCGUUCGCCAAGACGCUGACGCAGUCCGACGCGAACAACGGUGGCGGGUUCUCGGUGCCGCGGUUCUGCGCCGAGACCAUCUUCCCUGAGCUAAACUAUAGGGACGAACCGCCCGUCCAGCUCAUCCACGCCAAGGACGUGCACGGCGAGCAGUGGACGUUCCGGCACAUCUACCGGGGCACCCCGCGCCGGCACCUUCUCACCACAGGGUGGAGUCCCUUCGUCAACAAGAAGCAGCUCCUCGCCGGCGACUGCAUCGUGUUCAUGCGCGACGAGGGCAGAAACAUACACGUCGGGAUCCGCCGGGCCAAGCGCGGGUUCUGCGGCAUCGGCGGCGACGACGAGGGCCUCUCUUCGUUGCCCGCCUGGGAUCAGUUCAGGGGCCUGGUGCGGGGCAAUGCAACCGCGGGCGGCGAGAGCAGCCCGACCAAGGGGAAGGUACCCCCGGAGAACGUGCUCACUGCGGCGACGUUGGCCACCUCCGGGCAGCCGUUCGAGGUGCUGUACUACCCGCGGGCGAGCACGCCGGAGUUCUGCGUGAGGGCGAGCGCUGUCAGGACGGCCUUGAGCGUGCAGUGGUGCCCCGGCAUGCGGUUCAAGAUGGCGUUCGAGACAGAGGACUCGUCGCGAAUCAGCUGGUUCAUGGGCACCAUCGCCGGAGUCCAAGCCGCCGACCCCAUCCGGUGGCCGAAGUCGCCAUGGCGUCUCCUUCAGGUGACAUGGGACGAGCCGGAGCUCCUACAGAACGUGAAGCGCGUGUGCCCGUGGCUGGUGGAGCUCGUGUCGAGCAUGCCCAACCUCCACCUGCCGUCCUUCUCGUCGCCGCGCAAGAAGCCGCGGAUCCCGCCCUACGCGGAGUUCCCCCCGGAUGCCCAGCUCUUCAACCCAGCGUUCCCGCCAAACCUAAUGGCACACGGCCAUGCCGACCACCACCACCAUCUCCACCACGGUUUCCCCUUUCUCCCCUUCCCGGACGGUAGUGCUCAACCUGCAGGCAUACAGGGAGCCAGGCAUGCGCAGUUCGCUUCAUCGUUCCCGGAUCUCUACAUCGGCAACCUGCAGCCGAACCUGAUGCUCUACUCCGGCAUCCGCCUCCCGCCCGCCGAUCAAGCCGCACCUCGCCCACCGAGAAUCAUCAGCACUGACCUCACGAUCGGCAGCCAGCUCGCGCCCGACGAACCCACGACCUCGCCGUCAUCAAGCGCCAGGAAGAUCGACAACGCGAAGCCAACGGGGUUUCUCCUUUUUGGACAGGCAAUUCUCACCGAGCAGCAGAUCAAGAACGGCAACUCCGGUGGUCGGGCCUCGCCGGGAGCCACCCGCAAGCGCUCACUGAACUGGGACGCCGAGAAGGCUCCCAAUGGCUCGGAAGGCUCCGACUCCGCCGGGUUCAGCGAGGGCAGCCCCACCACCACCAACACGCCGUCGUGGAGGUUGCCGUAUUUUGGAGACAGCAAAAGCCACGGAUCCGAGUACGAGCUGGAGCCCGGCCAGUGCAAGGUGUUCGUCGAGUCGGAAGCCGUCGGCCGGAACCUCGAUCUCACGGCUCUGAGCUCGUUCGAGGAGCUGUUCGCCCGACUGUCUGACAUGUUCAGCAUUGACAGCGACGGACUGAGGAGCCACCUGGUGGUGUACCGCAGCCCCGCCGGUGAAGUCAAGCACGCCGGCGACGAGCCAUUCUGCGCGUUCGUGAAAUCGGCUCGUAAGCUUAGGAUACUGACAGAUGCCGGCAGCGACAGCCUGGGAGAUUAGAAGAAGUAAUCUGCCGAAUAACCUAGGGCGCUACUACUCCUAGUCUUUUCAGGAAACAAAUAAACCGGAGCUGCAUGCACGUACAGGUGCAUGAGCCGCGGUUUCUCCGUGCUCCAGCCUAGAGAUUUUUAUUCAGGAUAAAGCUGAUGCAUCUUCAGUUAAUUAGGUUGUUUUCCGUCCUUUCUACAGCUUUCUCGCUAGGAAUUUGAAGUAGUAACAACUCGUCGUGCAAAGUGCAGACAGAAUGUAGUCUUUUGAAUCUUGGUCAUCAAAUCAAACGUAGUACUUCUAAGUUCCCAUUCGGUGGAUCUUGAUCCUCUUAUCUGUUCCAGAAAAUUGAAUGCUCCUGUCGCAGGCAGACCAAAGUGACAGGAUUAGCGCAGGUGCAGGCUUACAUGUACAGUAAUUACUACUCGGCGCUGGCACUGCUGAUUCUGAAUUCUGGAGGGGCUCUCUCCAGUCUCAGCUCCAGGCAUUUCAUUUGUCCCCUUCUUUGCCUGAGGUGGGAGCCUGGGACUGUACAUUUAUGUUGCGUAUCCUGCCACCUUUCGGGCAUUAAUGCCUACAGAGCCCCGUCCUUUAGCUUCAGAGGAAAACAAUUGUGCUGCCCGGCCAUUUAACCGAAAAUAUUGUUGCAAGAAACAGACAUCUCAUCUAACAAAACUAAAAACAAAAGUGUCUACAGCAGUGGCCAUUCCAUUAUUGUUCCACCCAUCAAAUUAGUAUUCUGAAAAAA